AUGAGAUCACUCACUUAUAUUUCAAUCUCUGGAUGGUUAAAUAUCUUGUUACAAGUUUUCGGAGGUUGUUGCAGCAAUGUAUUUGUACUAGAGGAUUUGCUAUAUAAUAAUAAACUGGAAUAUUCGUUAGGUACUUUGGUGACAUUUAGUCAAUUCCUAAUAACAUCAAUACUUUCCAUACCUAUUAGCACCAAAGGGUUCAUUAGACCGACAGUUCCCGUAUCAAGAUGGAUUUUCCCUGUUGUACUUUAUUUUUUAACUUCACUUUUGAAUAAUUUGGUGUGGCAGUUUGACAUAACAGUCCCAAUGCAUAUCAUAUUCCGAUCUAGUGGGACAGUAGUCACCAUGUUGGUUGGAUAUUUUUUCGGUAAUAAAAGAUACAGUAAGCAUCAGAUAGUUUCUUCAAUUUUCAUGACUUUGGGUACAAUUAUGGCAACACUACCAGAAGGAAAUUCCCUACUGAUCGAAAUCAACAUUAAAUUUUUAACCGGGAUAUUGAUUUUGACAAUUGCAAGUGUAAUUUCGGCAUUUAUGGGAUUGUAUAGUGAAUUGAUUUAUAAACAGUACGGGAAUCAAUGGCAUGAAAGUUUAUUUUACAAUCAUUUUUUGGCAUUGCCCUUGUUUGUAUUUGUGUCUCCAACCAUUUAUAGAGAGUUUGGUGUUGUCUUACAGAGUAAACAAGUUACACUAGGUGCAUUUAAGUUUCCUAGACAGUUAUUAAGUUUGACUGUAAAUGUGUUGACACAGUUUAUAUGCACCAAGGGAGUGAACAUGCUUGCUGGGGAAACAAGUGCGUUGACAGUCACUGUCGUAUUAUUAGUGAGAAAGUUUGUUAGUUUGAUCCUUAGCGUGAUAUUCUAUGGCAGCUACAUGUCGACGCUGGGGAUGAUCGGCUCAAUUAUUGUGUUUGGCAGUGCAGCAUAUUACAGCAUUAGUGGGAUUUCUGAUAGAAAAAUUAUAGAAGUAAAGAAAGAAACAUAA